UCUCUUAUCAGGGUGCGAGUGUAAGCUCCCCCGCUUUCACCUAUCGCAUAUCUAAUCAGCGGAAGAAACAGAAGCCCCCGAAAAAAUACAAAUACAAAAGAAUAGAAAUCACAGUAAUUGAUAGUUAAUUACCAGCGGCCACGCGAGGCAGCGGCAAAGAUAAGGGCCUUUUGCGGAACCCUAGAAGGUAAUCGUUCAGAAAGUGCUGGUCAGUCAGUCGUUAGCCAUCGGUCAAGAUGCCACCACCAGGACGUGGCUAUGGAGGACCUCCACGCCAGGGGCCUGGAAUUGCCUACGGACCACCGCCGCCUCGUGUAAAUGUCGGUAUCAAUAUCGGAGGACCACCACGUCCACCACCCAUAGGAGUGGGCAUUGGUUUUGCUCCUCCACCAGUGGUAAUUGCCCCACCGCCGCCACCAGCUGUGAUCAUUGGAGCACCACCACCACCGCCCGUGGUUGUGGCACCGCCGCCAAUGAGACCCACCGUUGUGGUGGGUGCCCAGCCCCCGGUAGCCACUGUGUAUGCCCAACCCUCUGGUGAAGUCUUUUGCUGCACAAUUCUCUGAUUUCUGAUUGAAUUUGCAAAAUGUGUAUUUGUGUAUUUCUAUAUAGAAUUAUAAACUACUUUUAUAUUGUUUAUAUUAGUGAAAUAAAAUAAUU